AUGGCAGCUAACAAGGUUACUUACAACGUUGGGACGUCAAAUCAAUUUGCUGGCUUCUACGACGAUCAUGAAGUCGUAUAUUAUCAUCCAGAUGUUAUACCAAGAACACACGUCCCGUACGGCAAUGCAGCGAUUGCGUACCAUGUUGUUCCCGCAUACGUCGCCGUCGACAACGUCCCAACAUACACAGAUGAUAAUAUCAUCGACACGAGAGCUAGGGCCAGGCACACAAGUAGAAGGUUCAGAGGGAACCCAAACGCAGCAAGAAAGUUCGAUAGGUUAAGCGGCACGGGAAGAGGAAAGGAAAUUAAGAAACAAGGAGAAGGAGGACACAACUGGGGAAACCCAUCAAAGGAAUCAAAAACGCCCAACGCAAUGAUCACAGAAGAUAACGAACUUGCAGAAGAACUGAACAACCUGACCCUUAACGACAAGACGCCGUCGAAAUCUAACGAAGAAAAGGAAUUGAACAGGGAAAACGGAAAGGAUAAGGGGAACGACAAGACGAAAAACGACAUUAUGGAUUUCGAGUCAUACAAAUUGUUGCAGAAGUCAAAAAGAACAAAUUUGCCCACGUUUACAGUAAAUGACAAGAAGACUGUAUCGACAGACGAAGAACUCCAGAAUGGUGGAUAUGUAAAGUACGUGAAGAAGACGGAAGAAACAAAGACACAGGAGAAAGUAAAGGUUGUCAACUACAACGUUGGCUCGAAUCCUUCCAACGUACUGCCCAGUCAUCCAUCAUCGUUUAGAGAUCGUAAGUCCAGAAAAAACUACUCGGGCCAACCCAGACCAAGAAACACUAACAACAGGAUUAGAGUUAAAGCACCCGAUUUUAACGAUCUGAAAAUGUUUCCUUGCCUUGAAUUGACGUCAUAA